ACACUUUGCUCUGACUCCUCCUAUAGUAUUUUAAAUAUCUGUCUAAAUCUACGAAGAGAAAGAGGAUUUAUUUGCUCUCUGUGAAAUCAGCAUUGGUGGACUGGCAGUGCCAAAUAAAGGGAUCAUCUACAAUGGCUGAAAUGAAUGACCAGUGGAAUUCAGCAUUUACAGACAAUGUCUACAUAUCAAAAAGAAGCAUUAGAAAGAUUCUCAUCAGCAAGAGGCAUUAUGUACGGGCAGAGAAUAACAUUACUGUCCAUGAAACCAAGACAGAGAAUUUUUAUCAAUCUAGUGGUGAGGAGACAACAUGUGAAAAAAGAGAAACCAAGGAACCAAGUGUUCAAGAGAUGAUUUACUUAAAUCCAACAACUCAAGCUACAUGCUCAUUCACUGAAAGAUCUGAACAAUCUUCUCUGAAGGGUGGAAGAGUUGAUGAGGCUGAUAUGGAAACGGCACCUGGAUCUGAACCUAAAUCCCAAAUCUUGACUCAUGAAAGAUGGCAGGAGGCCAGUUUUCCCAGAGUGAAUGUGAAACAAGAGGUGGACAUCACUAAGCCAUGCUCACAGGGAGAGUUUCCAAGUGAGCAGAAGAGUGAUGUGCUAGACAAAUAUGAGGUAGAGGAAGAAGAGAUGGAGAGACCAACAGCUCCACAAAAGCAGGUUUUGAAAAGUCAGUUUUUGUUUGCUACUAUGAAAAAGCGAGGAAUGGAGGGAGACACAGAAAACCGUCCGUACAAGUGCCCUUACUGUAACUGGGCUUUUAAAAAGUCCAGCAACCUGUUGAGCCAUAUUAAAACUCACCGUGGCCUGAGACCGCAUGUUUGUGACAUGUGUGGGAAGGCCUACUCACACCAGGGUACUCUUCAGCAACACAAACGGCUACACACUGGUGAAAGACCGUACCAAUGUCCUUUCUGCAAAAAAACCUACAUCUGGUCCUCAGACUUCCGCAAACAUAUUCGAACACACACAGGGGAGAAGCCCUACAUCUGCGAGGAAUGUGGCAAAGACUUUGUGCGCUCCUCCGACCUGCGGAAACACGAGCGGAACAUGCACACCAACAACAAGCCCUUUCUCUGCAAGCAGUGUGGCAAAACCUUCAACAAGCCACUGUCUCUUCUCCGUCACGAGCGCACGCAUUUGGGUGAGAGGCCCUUCAUAUGCCCAGAGUGUGGGAAGUCAUUCGCUCUAGCCAGCCGCAUGACAGAGCACAGGAAGAUCCAUAGUGGCGUGCGCCCCUAUACCUGCCAAGUUUGCUCCAAAGCAUUCACCAAGUCCUCCAACCUUACAGAACAUCUUACAGUUCAUACUGGAGUACGGCCUCACAAAUGCUCCGAGUGUGGCGUGGCAUUUGCCAUGGCAUCCCGGCUGAUGCGCCACCAGCGUAUCCAUGCAACCAUGCAGCCUAAUCAAUGCCAAGGUUGUAAUGUGUCAUUUAGCCACCUAGUGGCACUGGAGACGCAUCAGGAGCAGCAUACUGAGAGCAUGAUCUUUGUUUGUGGGCAGUGCUCUAAGUCCUUCCCCAAGGAUGCUUUGCUCAAAGAACACAUGCAGAGCCAUACAGACACUGAAACCUGCAAUGCCCUUUUAUCUCUGAAGUAGCCCGAAGUGAACUGUAAAGCAACACAGCAUACUACAAUUUUAUAGCCUUAACAACAAUACAUAACCUGACAAUGAAUUGUUCAAGAAAAAAACAUCAAUAAGCUCCGCAUACCCAUUUUAACUGGUCUUAAUCUGACAAAUGACAGGAAAAUGCACGGACCAAACGAUUUUGAUUUCAAGUACAUCGCUGUGUAUAUUGCUAACAUGGAAACACACAAGUUACACAUUUACAAUAUGUUCAUGGCACAUGAUAGCCUCUUGCCUAUAAAGCAGAUUCUGUGUGUAUGUGUGGGAGAGAACCAGAAAACAUGAAGCGCAAUAGUGUAAAUGCUGAAUGUGCUGUCAAAAUACAGGUACAGUGCUAUUUCACUUUGUUAAAGAUUUUCCAAGCAAAAGGAAGAUGUGUUUACGGUUUGUUCUUUUCUAAAAUGAAAUGUUUUGUUUAUUGUUUAACACGAGAACUCCCGGAAAUCUAUCACUACGAGAAUAUGGUCAUUUUGACCACUCAUAUUAGACUGUACUGAAUUUCAUUUUUGCCAUGCAAUAUUUACAUUCAAAGCUUCUAUUGAGAUUAUAGAAUGAAGCUUUGAAUGUCUGUUGUCAUAUAUUAUAAUGUUAUCACACUAAAAAUUGUCAAAAUCCUCAACCACAUCCCCAAGUGCCAAGCGAACUCAGACGGGCAUACAUAAUACGAUUGUUUAAAAUAAAAUGAAUAAUUGAUGUUUAAUUUUUGUACAUAAUUUUGCCAAAGCUAAGAGACUGCACCCGGAGGUGUGUGUCUCGCUUUGUGUCUGGUGUUCUGUUUUAGGAAACCGGCAAGUUUUUCAGCGCAGUGAAAAUGUUGUUUUUGAAAGGCUAAACGGCAACAAAUAUGGAUUGAUGCAGAAUAUUUUGUUAGAUAAAAACAUGUUGUGAAUUUUAGAAAUUAUAAUAUCUAACCUUUUUUCUCUACAUUUGUAUCACACGAAUCGCACCCACCACUGAAAUCAAAAUGUAUGAAUAAAUUGAUGUGUUUUGUUAGGAUAGGUAAUAAUAAACAUAAGGACACGAAAUGGAAAUUCUUACGUAAAUAUUUAUUAUUUCAUCGUCAACCACAGUACUUAUUGGGUAGCCUGCU